UCCGCGCAAUCCUUCAUUUGGAUAGCCGAGCUGCCAUGGCUGUCGAACCAGCCAGUAAGCGGCGGCGACUCAGUCCGUCCAAAGAGGGUAAUGGUCCUGUGCCGGGCUUCGCAAAAUGGGACUUAGAGCAGGAGUACCAACAACGGCGGCAGAAGAAGGAGAAGAGUAAGAAUGACAAGCUGCUCGUCCGGACAGAGAAGGGCUGGGAAGAGCAUGAGCGACUGAAUGAGUCUCAUGCUCGUAACGCGAGUCCACAAGAUGACGAGGACAGCAUGUUAGCCAGCGGAGACGAUGAGGAUAGCGGCGUGGCAGACCUACAACAUCCUGCUAUCUCCGAGAAGCCUGCAUUACCGCUCAAAGAGCAGAUCCGGCUGGCGAAGGAGGAUCUCGCGCGAAUAGCAGGCCAUAUCAGUGAAAGUCCGGAAGAAAAUAUUGCGCAGCUACGCCAACUGGCACAGAUCGGGGAGAGCGAAAAUGUUACAAUCACGAAGUUAGCGAUGGGUACGCAGCUUGCUGUGUUCAAGGACAUUGUACCUGGGUACCGCAUAAGACCGUUGAGUAAGGAUGAUUUGCAGGCAAAGGUCUCAAAGGACGUCAAGCAGUUACGGACGUUUGAGCAGACGCUACUAGCGGGCUACAAGGACUACGUACAUGUCCUAUCGAAACUGUGCGGGAACCAGCAUUUAUCCGGUGUGGCAAUCAACUGUGUAGCGACGCUGUUGACGAGCUUACCGCAUUUCAACUGCCGGAAUGAUCUGAUUGCUGUUAUUGUGCAGAAGCUCGGCUCGCGAACACUCGCACCUGAGGCACCCAGAUGUCUGUCUGCUCUGGAACAGCUUUUUCAGGAAGAUGAAGAGGGUCAUGCAUCACUUGAGGUGGUCAGCCAGCUUACUAAAAUGAUGAAGGGAAAGGACUAUCACAUCCACGAAAGCGUGCUAAAUGUGUUCUUGCACUUACGGUUGUUAUCGGAAUUUAUACACAAGGCUUCCACGACUGGUGUCGAUAAGGAUGAGGAGCCAUCUCAGAUGCCCAAGAAACUAAGCAAGAAAGACCGCGAGUUUCGAACGAAGCGUGAGCGGAAGCUAGUAAAGGAGCGCAAACAGGUGGAGAAGGAGAUGAAGGAGGCCGAUGCGGUUGUGUCGUACGAGGAGCGUGAUAAGAAUCAGGCCGAAACGCUGAAGUUGGUGUUUGUGGCCUACUUUCGCAUUCUGAAGGCAAGGGUGCAGCAUCUGAUGGGUGCCGUGCUGGAAGGCUUGGCGAAGUACAGCCAUCUCAUCAAUCAAGAUCUCUUCGGCGAUAUCCUAGAAGUGCUACGAGACCUCAUCACGGAAGCUCGUAUAUCGCUCGAAGCCGGUGAGGAGGACGACAACGAGGAGCUGGCUAAUACUGCAACUCGGCGGAACAUUCAGCGAGAAACACUGCUUUGCAUUAUCACUGCCUUCGCGCUUCUGCAAGGACAGCUCGAUGUAGCAAAGUCAGCGAGCAGCUUGCAUCUAGACCUGAACUUCUUCAUCACACAGCUAUAUCGCACGAUUCUACCCAUCGGUCUGGACCCGGACAUCGAACUUAGUGCGAAGACGGCCCAUCUGCAGGACCCCAAUGGCCUCGCCACCCCAUUGGCGCAAGGCGCCAAGGUCAACGUCGCCACAACUACCGUACUCCUUCUCCGGUCUCUGCAAUCCGUCCUACUACCUCCGACAGCAACCAAAUCCGUCCCACCAGUCCGCCUUGCAGCACACACGAAACAGCUCAUGACUGCGGCCCUCCAUCUCCCUGCCAAGUCUGCAGCUGCAAUCUUAGCGUUGCUGCAGCAGAUAACAAAGGUACAUUGCGGAAAAGUGGCCAGUUUGUGGUGUACGGAGGAGAGGAGAGGGGACGGGGUGUUUGAUGCGCUGAGUGAGGAGGUAGAAAGCAGCAACCCGUUCGCAGCUACAAUUUGGGAGGGUGAGGUACUGAAGAUGCACUUUGAUCCGAAGGUGAGGGAGAUGGUUGGAAAGAUGGAAGCCAAUAUAAAGGAGGCAAGGAAGUGAUAAGAUAUGGGACUCAUUGGCCCCAUCGUUUCCAUACAUAACCCU